AAAUAUAGUAUUUUAUUUCGUGUAUUCCUCGCGUCGAACUUCGGUCGUCUCUUCCACGGUAGCGCCGCACUUUGCAAACAGCCACGAUCGUGAAACUCUCCGUUAGAAGCUUCCGCGCUGCAUCAGGUUUCGUAAAGAAGAAUGAGUAACAUGACAACUUUGUCGCAAAAAAGAGAGGUUGAUUCCAUCAUUAGAGAUACCAUUGAUAAGGUUCUCGUCCUCCGCUUUGGCCGUGUCUCUGAUCCUAUCUGUCUUAACCUUGAUCAAAUUCUUUCUAAAGCAGAAAGAGAGGUGUCCAAAUUCGCAACUGUGGCACUGGUUGAUGUUGACUCCCAGGACAUUCAAGUUUAUGUCAAGUAUUUUGACAUUACUUUAAUUCCAUCUAUAGUAUUUUUCUUCAAUGCUCAUCACAUGAAAAUGGAUUCUGGGACUGCAGAUCAUACUAAAUGGAUUGGUGUUUUUCACAAAAAACAAGACUUCAUUGAUGUGGUAGAGACAAUAUUUAGAGGAGCGAUGAAUGGAAAGCUCAUUGUGACUUGUCCUCUCCCGACCGAAAGGAUACCAAAAUACCAAUUACUGUACAAAGAUGUCUAAAAUUAUACUCUCACCUUGCUGUAGCAGAUUGGGGGCAAUUUUAGAAGCUCUCUUAACCGUAAAUUCAUCUCUUCUCCCUAUCCAUUGAAGAAUCAAGCCCCAGGAAAGAUCUUAAAGCUCUGAUGGACCAUCAUUAUCUCUUCAUCAUCCUAGUUAUAUCUCUCUCAUACUUUUUCAUGUGAUUUAGUUUUGCUUUU